AUGUUGGCAGAAGGCAUCUUAACUAGACUCAUAUAUAAAGAAAGCUGUCAUCAAGAUAAGCCUCGCAAAUCUCAUGCAUCCAUAAAGGAUAAAGAGGGAAUCUGGAGACAGAAACUUGUAGGCAACCCAAAAAUGAAAGGCUUUACUGAUGGCCAUGAGAAGCAGGAUGAGAUCUCUGCUAGAAGUAGCAAAAUGGAAUACAGGAGCAGUCUUCAAUGGAGAUCCCUAAAAGAGGUACCAGCAAAAGAUCAGAAAACACUUGUUAAAAGAACUGUAUCGCCAGCUUUACAUAUCCCCAAAAGAGAACAAAAUACUGAACAGGUGGAUUUGUAUCGAUCCUGGUCAUGCAACAGCAUUUAUCAAAACUAUCCUGACUUGCAUAUUGGGGGAGACCGUGUGAGGGACCACACGUGUGAUUCAGGUUGUGUUUUGGACCAUGUGUGUGACGAACUUCCCGAUGGCCCUGUUUUACUGUCCGUAGAUAUUCCUCUAGGUCAGUCCCCUCUGUGUGAGCAUCCCAAAAAGCCAAGUGUAAAGUCCUCGUCUGGAGACGAAGCUGGAGAAAGGAGUAUCUUGCUGUGUGAGGAGCCUCUUUCAAACUCCAUGCUCAACAAGUACAUGGAAACAAAAGUGGCAGAGUUCUAUAAACAGUUUUUUGAAGAAAACUUGACCAGGUGUGGUUCUGUAACAAACCUCCUCACUUGCAGUUUGAUAAGGAAUAACCUGAAUCAGAUAAGCUUUCAGAUAUCGCAGGAGCAGAAUAUAGAAAGAUCAAAAGCCAGAGAAGUGCUCUUGCACUCUUUAGCUUUGUUUAGUUUGCGCAACACUACCCAUAGAAAUAGCUCUGAAUUUAGUACUCCGAACUUACAAAUCUCAAACCCAGCAUGCAUGAAAAAGAGCUGCAGGAUGCAGUUUACGUCAUGA